AUGGCCCAGGCAGCGCCGAUGGCCUUCACGCCCCCAGGCGCUGGGCUUUCGGCAGCGAAACUGUCUGACAGGGAAACGUUCGAGAUCCAGCAGUACGAGAAAAUCAUUCGGCUUCGCGAUGCCAUUUUGUCUGGCACACAUCCUACGCUCAAGGCUCCGUCAGGGUCGAGCACCUCACUAGAAUCGCUAUCUCUCCAAAAGCAGUUGCUAGAGCCAGGGGCCGAUGCGAAACUGGCUGGUGCAAACGAAGCAGUCUCCUCCACAGCUUCGACAGAACCGACCUCAUCUGGGGCACCUGAGCUGAAUCCCAUCUUCCUGGAGAAGUCUGAGCCGCUCGUUAGAGCCGAGUUGCACAUCCAGCGACAACGAUUGGAGCGUGCCAUCAAGGAUGAGGUUGAACAACGCCGAGCUGCCAAGGGCAGCCAGGCAGAGCUAAUUUCAGAUCUCGAUGUAUCUGACGUGCUUGCAAAGGCUCUUGCCUUGGUUCAAACCACCAAAGCCCCAGUAGCUGAUGGUGAGAACUUGAUCGCUAACGCCGAAACUACAAGUGACUCUUUGGACGACAGCACGUUUUAUUCAUCUCGUCAUGACACUCCUGAGUCUCAUCUAACCUCACGUAUCCGUAACCAAUCUGAAGAUAUUCAAGCUACUAACCGUCAAGAACAACAUGGAGCAGCCAGUGGACCGGCCAAGGAUAGAUCGAGACCUCAAGAUCACACAACGGGCAUGGCGGCCCAGGCCCUCCCUCCACGACCGGCCGAAAUGAACACCCACGCGACAGCGAUCGCCUCUCUGGUUCCUCAGAUGAGUGUUGUCCCUGGCUUAAACAACUAUGUCCAGGCUGUGAUUCCGCCCGCUGGUCCUAGCAGCAAGACCGUUGGCCGACCCGACAACCAAGCUCGUUUGGAGGUGGAAACAACCAGACAACCCAAGCCGGCGAGUCCCUCCCGCCAGCCUAACAAUGAGUACCUAGACAGCCAUCCACCGUCUCCUCUGGUUCGGAAUCAUGCACUGCAACCUGUCGCACCACAGCCCACCCAUCCUUCCGCUGUAAGUGCUCUGGCGACUGCAUCGUCGUCUGCGCAACCUACUGCCGUUGCCGGCGGACACCGCAGCGCUGUUGCCACUCCCGCACAGGUUGCUGCGCUUCGAAGAACUGAGCCGAAUACUGUAACAAGCCCUGAUAGCUCAUCACAAGGUGGGAAGAAAAAGGGGAAGAAGAAAAAGAGGAAGGCAGAUAGGCAAGCACCGGAGCCUUCCGAGGCAGCUCCAUACAUUAAACCAGAACCAAAAUCACCGUCUCCAAUGACAGCACCGUCCUAUCUGCGCCCAAACAAGCGCCAAAGGCAUGAUCAAGUACCGCCAGGCGCAGCGCAGUACGAGCCACGAUACGAGCCCAACGCGAUGGGAAACGAGGGCGUUCAAUACAUCACCAGACAAUACAGAGAGGAGCCAAUACCGGUGGGGUAUGCUAGAUCGGCGGUACACCAUGAGCCUCCACCUGGCGAUUUGCGCUAUCACACUGGGGAGUACUACGAUUUACGGCAGGUUCGCGGUGAGGACUUGGGCCCUCGCCCGACACAAGUUGAGCACCCAGCGAUGCCAUAUCCGGCUACAGGUACGCCUGCUUCGAGGCCACUCUCGCGAGUAAUGGUGGCCGAAACAUAUCCACCUCCCUCACGUCAAUAUCGUGAAUACCAUGAUGGCUCUCGGAUAGCCAGUCACGCAGAAGCAGACAGGUAUAUUGCACCGAUGAGGCCAGCUCCUACCCGGAUAUUGGUUGAUGCGUAUGGUCGUGAGUAUAUCGAGCCGCCCCAACCUCCACCGUCCCGCUUCUCUGCUGCUUCUCCUUCCAGGCAUGGUGAAACUGAAGUACUGUACGAACGUCUGCCACCUCGCGCUGUAUCUCGUCACCCUGCACAAGCUCCGUAUGAAGAUGGCAGCGUUGUUUAUGCGGCGCCUAAUCCAGGCUACGUCAUGCCUCGUCGUGUCGUAACCCAACCUGAGUAUGCCGCACAUGACUACAGAGAUGUACAUCAACGAGAAUAUUCGACAAGACCGCCACCGCAACAUGGGGAAUAUGUUCAAGUGGUGGCUCAACCGGAGAGAAGAUAUGUUGACGAUGCGUACGGAGCUAGACAGUCAAGUAUGCGGCCCGUGGAAACCGUCCGAUAUCAGCUUCGCUGA